AUGAAAAUGAUGAAUGGUAAACCAGUCGAUGUAGAUAACAGUUGUAUUGUUCCUUACUCUCCACUUGUUUCAAAAAUAAUGAAAGCACAUAUCAAUCUUGAAUCAUGUAGUUCAGUCGUUGCAAUAAAAUACAUAUUAAAAUACAUUCACAAAGGGAGUGAUCAAGCAAUGUUUACAAUCAAAAAUAAAAAAGAUGAAAUUGAAGAAUAUCAAUCUGGAAGAUACAUAAAUAGUAAUGAAGCAAUAUGGCGAAUUUUAGGUUUCCCAAUUCAUGAUCGAUAUCCAUCUAUAAUUCAUCUUAGCGUACACCUUGAAAAUGGACAACUUGUUUACUUCUCAGUUGAAAAUAUAAAAAAAAAAUCUCAACAACCACCAGAAACCACAUUAACCGCCUUUUUUAAAUAA